UCGCGAAUAAAAAAAAGUUACACAAACGAAAACCACGAAGGAAAAGCGAGCUAAAACUGAAAGUAAACAGUGCCGGGCUGACCAGUAAAUGCUUUAAACUUAAACUAUACAAUUUCGAUAUAGAAAACAUAUAGAUCACAAUACCGCAUCAUAAUAUCCCCCCCGCAUCAGCAUAUUCCCCCCGCGGUUGGCCGAAAUAUGUCACAAUUCCGCGAUAAUUCAUGGCUCGCCAAUGCGCGAUCGUAUGGCGUUUUGAAGAGUUUGAGGAGCUCGGCACGUUAUGCCAAGGCCAAAUCCAAGUCGGCCAUUAAUCUCAAUGCCCAUCUGAAGAAACAGCAGAAGCUUGAGGAAGGACAACCCGAGAAGAAGAGGCAGGAUAAGAAAAUACUCAGACAGAGUGUUAGUGAGGAUCAGCCGAUCUAUGCGAACGUGGAUGAGGUUAUACCGAUCCAUUUAGAACCGGAAACCGGAUCGGAAGUCGAUGCUCUAAUGGGUAAUGCACAGCCGUCAACGAUGAACCACCUGCGGGUGCACAAAUUCAAGCUGGGCGGCAAAGAUAAUGCCGCCAUGGCCGAUUUGCCCCAAUCGGAAAACGCUACCAAUAAUAACAAUAAUGUCGGAAGCAAUAAUAAUCAGAAUGGCGGAGCCAAAGGAUUUCUGGGCAGGAUCAAGCGCUACUCGGUGCUGGGAAAUAAACUGGGACGUCGUCAUCUUGGCAGUAUGAAUCUGAAUCCGUCGAAUAAUGCCAGUGAUAAUUCCGUUUCGCCCACCAAACUCCAUACUGGGAGCUACAAUAUGACCGGUAGUCAUUCGGAUGAUCAUCGCCUCGAAAUCGGAGCCCCGAUUUUGAUAUCGACUACAACACUGGACACCGAUCGCUUCGAUGUCACGGAGGCGAGACUGAAACAGAUUGGCGGCGGCAUAGCCCAGACCUCCAGUAUUGUGAGGACCCUGACGCCGAGGAGUUCGGAUGAGGAAGAGUUUGUGGACGCCAGGAGCAGUCCGCAGCAAAUGGAAAGGGAUGAGGAUCUGCAAAUCACAGAUGGUCUGGGAGAGAACAACGAUCACGAUCACGAUCAGGAUGAGCAUCAGUUUCAGGUUCCUAAGGAACCACAUCAGGAAGAGGAGUUGAGGAUUGCAAAAGAUGUAGACGAUCUAGAGGAGCCAGAACAAUUUGAGACACCCAAACAUGAGGUGGCUACCCAGGAAGCGAAACGUCCCAUAACGCCCAUACCCACUGCCAUAGAUCCUCCAAUCAGACGACCACGUAUUGCCCGCCAGCAAAGGCAAUCGCAAUCCGUUCAGAAUCUGCAUCGUAGCGAGUUAAAGGUCUACCUGCACAAGUCCAAUUCGAUGGCGCUGGACAUGAAUGUCACGGCACCGGCAAAGCUGGGAUUGGACUUGAAUCUGCCCGAGUUGCCAGAACUCUAUGGGGCCAGUGUGCUCAGUUUGGCGGCCAGUGAUAAUAAGGAAAAUCUGCCAGCUGUGAAGCCAUCCGCCGAGCGAUCGCCCAUACCAAAUGGUGGCUUCAUGGCUCAGCAGCCCCACUUCAAGAGCCUAGACUCGUUCCACCUGAACUCCCGCUCCCAUUCGCAUCAGAGCUCUCACCAGAGUUCCCGCCAAAGCUUGGCCUGCAGCAGCAGCAAUGGGGAAUACGACUUUGAUCUAAAGUCAGUGAGCUAUCAAAGCCUCAAUGCACAGAAUCUGUUCGUUUCGAUUGACGAACUGCAGGAGCUGACGCGGCAGAUCAACGAAACGGAGGACUUUGGAAAGGAGAUCGAUCUGGAGUACUGCACGCAUCGCGAUCAGUUGAGACCCAGUGAGCGCAGAAUCACCCUGCUGAAGAACAAGAACCAAACGCUGAUCAACUUCAAUCACAACAAGGAGAAGCUGCGCAAGGGCUGGCACGGCAUGAAGCACUGGCUGGGCGAGGAGGGCUCCAAGAUCAAGGAGGCAGUACGUCAGCAGACGCCCCUUAAACGUCUGGCCCAAUCACGCAGCAAUCUUAAUCAGUCAACCGCGGAUGCCAGUCGCCAGUCAAUGUCGCCGGAACGGAGUCGUCGCGAUGUAACUGAGAGCUGCGAGGAUGUUACUGAACGGACCGAAAUGGAGUCGUCCAUGUCACACCGAAACAGCGAGGAGGAUCUGUCGCCGCAUGCCAAGCGGUUCAAGGAUGAGGGACAGAACGGCUUCGAGGAACUCCGGCGAUAUGUGAAGCAGGGCGGUGACUUUAGCAAAGAGCUCAUCUUUGUCCUGCAGGAGAGAGCCGAUUCGGAGCUGAUCUACUCCAAGUCACUAUCGAAGCUGGCCAACAAGCUGAACAAAGCCGGCAGGGAAAUCCCGGGGAGCGUGGCCGACGCCUGGCGUGGAGUGGCUACGGAAAUGGAGAGCCGCAGCGACAUCCAUCGCCAGUUGGCGGCCUCGCUCACGGAUGAGCUGGUCAAGCCGCUCAAGACCGUCGUCGAAGGGCAUCACAAGGCGCGCAAGGCGGUGGAGAGCAACGUGGACAAGGCGGCGCGAGUCCUGGGCGAAUGGCGAGCCAGCGAGGCGAAAGCCAAGAAGGCCUCCCAUACGGCGGCACGCGAGAACGAGAAGCUGCAGGACGCGAUGCUGGACGUGCGCAUCCAGAAGUCACCAUCGAUAGCCCUGCUCCACCAGGGACCCAACAAGCAGGCGGCAGAAAAGGAGCUCAAGUCGGCGGAGAAGGAUUGCGUCAAGUUGGACAACAAGCGCAAGAAGGCCGAGGAGGCGGUGAAGCGGGCGGAUGUGGAAUACUACACCCUGUGCGUCCGGGCGGAGCGAGCUCGCGUGGACUGGGAGAUGGCCGUGCUCCGGGGAAGUGCCCAGCUGCAGAGCAGCGAACAACAGCGACUGGGCAAUAUGCAUAACUUUGCCCAGCAGUAUGCACGCCUCAUCUCGGACAUGAAUCCGAUCCUCGGCGGACUGAGCACUCGCCUGCAGCCGCAACUCGAUGCUUGCAACGUGGCUAAGGACAUGCAGGUGGUUCGCCACAUACGCCGCAAUUCGGAGGGUCCCAGUGAGCAACUUCUUCCGGACUUUUAUUGCGAACACACCACGCUAGCCAUGAAUCGGGAGCGUCGCAAGCACGCUCUGAUCAAGCUCCUGCAGCUGGUCAAGACGGAUCUGGAGCGGGAGCGUCGGUCUCGCGACGGAUUGAGGGGACUGUCGCAAUCCCUUAACCACCAGGAGCACCAGAACAUCACCGAUAAGCUCUACCACAUCCGUUCCAUGCUGACCUAUUUGGAGGGCGCCCGCCUCAAGCUGCACUCUGCCCUCUUGGAGCUGGACCACAAACCCAGGACCACUCACCCACUGGCCCAGCACAUUCAGAUCACCCGCGACCGCACUGGAUUGCAGCAGAGCAUCCUGAAGGUCCCCAACUGGCUGAAGAACAACGACAAGUCGCAGACGCAGCAAUCGACCAGUAUGCUAACCCACGAUAUCACCGACAUAACCACUAAUCACGAGGAUGAGCUUCCCGAGGAUAACUGCUCCCACCUGCACAGCAGCAGCAAUAGCAACAACAAUAGCAACGGCUCCUGCACGGACAUCAGUUCGGUGGUUAAGCAGUUCAACCGAAGCAAGAGCAAUAUCGAGACUAAUUUCACCAGCCAACCAAAGAUAAUCUCGACGACAAAUGCCGCGGUUGCCGCGUCCGUUAAGUCCAAAACGCUAGCCAAUCUGCAGGAUGGGCAUCACAAUAACCAUCACCAUCAUCAUCACAGCGAUCGCGGCCAGGCGGAUGGUGGAUCCAAUCAGCAGGACUCUGAUUUCGAUGAGUUCAGCUCGCAGGACGAGGACGAGGAGCCGGAGAAGCCGCAGCUGCAGCAGCAACAGCAACAGAUGCUCCAAAAUCCACCCAUCAAUGGCCAAGUGCAGACGCAGCAUUUCUAUCAGAAUGCGCAGGAACUGCAGAAGGGCCAGAAGGACGGAUCCGGUCCAAUACUGGGUCGCUGCAAGGCACUAUAUAGCUACACCCCGAAGCUCUACGACGAGCUGGAACUGAGUCCCGGCGACAUCAUCGAGGUGCAUGCCAAGCAGGACGACGGCUGGUGGCUGGGCGCCCUGCGCAACCACAUCGGCAUCUUUCCGGCCACCUACGUGGAGGAGUGCGCCUAGAUCUAGUUGGGGAUCGCCCUUCCAGGUUCCCUCCAUAGCUAUAAAAGUGCGAAUGAGUGUGUGCGACUGCCAAAAGAGUGUGUGUUUGCGCUGUGGAGCGAUUUGUUUGAGAUGAAACCUUUGAAGAGAACGUAAUCGCAAGGCGAUACAGGGAUAUUUCGAAUCUACACAAACGUCAUUUUGAAACUGCCAAUAUUUUCUGUUAACAAUCAUUGCUAAAUUUCAAAUAUUAAAUUUUUUUCAUCUUAACUUCACUUCUAUUUGAACGCCAAUUGACUACUUAAAGGCAUAUACAUAUUUUUAUAAGAAAACAUUUCAAUUUCGCAAGAAAAGUGUAAAGAAAUUUAAUUCCUUUUGUUUUCCCAAUAAGCGGAAAAAUGUAAGCAAUGCUAUAACAAUGCGAAGAACAACAAAUUUAAGUUUUGUAUUAAAAAAUUCGUGCUUUCAGAACAUAUUGUAGAAUCAAAUGUUAAUUGUACCACUAUUAUUCACUUUAAGAGAAAACAUUUGGAAUUAACCACUUAACUUCAUUGAAAACGAACAAAAUCGAGAAAACGAAUACUUCAUUUUUGUUAAAACAAUUUAUUGUAAAAAAUGAAAAUAUUUCGCUUUGCUUAUUUUAUGAGCUUCUUUAGCCAUUUUCCAAACCAAAAUUUAAUUGAGAACUGAGGAAACAAUAUUGGAUAUAUUGAUAUUUUAAUUUUCAUUUUAUUUUGUUUUUUUAAUGUUUGACUGAUAAUUGACUUUUUAUGUGUUGCGCCAUAGAAACAUUUUUAAUUUCAAACAGAAGCCCAUAUACCACGCCCUGAUUUGCUUUAAUGGUUUAUUUUAUUCGUUUAGUUUUCAUAUCAAACAAAUCGAUCCACUUUAGUGUUACGAAGUUAGUUACCCUGCUCUUGACAAGAUGAUGAUCCCGAGGACAGGCCUUUGCAUUAAGCAUACUAUGUAAUCUACGAGUAACGAUUGUAUUAAUUUUAUAUUUUUUUUAUUAUGUUAAAUACCAAUUACCCCUUAUGUUUAGCUUCCAGUUGAGUCAUUUACCAUUUAUCGAUCCUGCACAUUAGUUGUAGCGCUGGUCCUCAUCAAUAAAGCAAAUUAUUGUUAUUUCA